CAAAGUGCUAGCAAUAGAAUAAUCUGCACCGCAGACGAACGUCAUCUCUUUCGAUUACAUAACAACUGAAGUGUUCAGCAGACGUCGCUUCCAAGGCGUCCAUGAGGUGUCACAGAUCACAGUGGCACACGUGCACAUUAGCACAACUGUUUGGGGAUUCGUCCUCGUGACUUCGCCCAAGAUGAAAGGCUGUUGGCAUUUGACUUUGGUGGUGUCCACGGUGUGUACCUUAUUUGCUGGCCAUGUGGACACAGCCAACGUGUUGGCUCUUUUCCCCUUGCCAGCCAGGAGCCACUGGUUUUCACUCAAACCGCUCAUUGCUGGACUGUCGCAACGAGGCCACAACAUCACAUUGCUGAUUAAUGAAAUGGAGAAAGAUAUACCUGAGAACUGGGAUGUCAUAAGAAUUCCAGUGAUUUUUCCGGAUUUCGCAAAAAGUGGAAAUACCAUGAAACUACAAUCUUCAGCUGGAGGUAUGAAGCUAUAUGAUGUCUUGGUGGACGCGGGCAUCGAUAUUUGUGGGAAAUUAUUCCAGCUGGAGUCUAUUCAGAAACUGAUCAACACAAAAGAGAAAAAGUUCGAUCUGCUUCUUAUUGAAUAUUUCAUGGACGAGUGUCUCCUAGGCUUGGCACACAAAUUUAGCAUUCCUGUGGUCGCUUUGUCUUCCUUCGGAGGGUUUCCCUUUACAGGAGAUGCAGUUGGUGAUCCGUAUACACCAUCAUAUGUUCCGGAUGUUGUGUACACAUAUACAGACCACAUGACUUUCUGGCAGCGGCUGCACAACUCUCUGUCAGUGGCGUAUGCAAGAUAUGUGUUCAAUUAUUACUACUGCCCGAAAAUUGAUGAAAUGAUGAAGCAGAAUUUCAAAGAUCCUACAAUGCCAAGUGUGUCAGCUUUGAUAGCUAAUGCGUCACUGCUGAUCGUCCAAAGCCACGUGAGCUUCGCGUACCCUCGACCCCACUUACCCAGCGUGAUUGAGACCGGCGGUAUGCACAUACAGCAACCACAGGCACUACCACAGGACUUGAAGAAGCUAAUGGACAACGCAAAUGACGGCGUCAUUUUCUUCAGCAUGGGAUCUUUUGUAAGGAGUACUGAUUUUCCCCAGGAGAGUGUUCAAGCUUUUCUAACUGCUUUCUCUAAACUGAAACAACUGGUCCUGUGGAAAUGGGAGACGGACACUAUGCCUGGGAAGCCAGAAAAUGUGCAUCUUGGCAAAUGGUUUCCACAGUCUGACUUGCUAGCUCACAAAAACGUGAAGCUCUUCAUCUCCCACGGAGGACUGCAGAGCAGUUUGGAAGCGACCGCUCGGGGUGUUCCCUUGAUUGGCAUACCAGUCGGAGCCGAGCAAGGUUAUAAUGUCCAAAGAAUCGUUCACUGCGGUAACGGCAUCAAACUAGAUCUGCAGAACAUAACUAUCCAGUCGGUGGAAUGGGCUAUUCAUGAAGUUUUAAAUAACCCAAUAUACCGCGAGAAGGCGGAGCAGCGGUCCCGCCUGUUCUGGGACCGUCCAGAGAGCCCUGUGGAGACGGCCGUGUACUGGACAGAGUACGUGCUGAGGCACCGGGGCGCCCCCCACCUGCGCAGCGCCGCCCUCGACCUCAGCUGGUACCAGUACCUCCUGCUGGACGUCGCUGCCCUGCUGCUGUCUGGAGCGCUCCUAGUGCUUAUAAUCGCUGUCGUGGCAGUCAGGACACUCUACAUGCUAAUCACAGCAAGAACUUCUGCGUCACACGAACAGAAGAAAAAGAAAACAACGAAGAAGGAGUAAAGGAGACGUCUUACCCUAGCGGUGCCGCAGCCGAAGAGACACUACUCUCAGUGUAACAGGAUUAAUAACUGACAGUACAAACAACGUGUCCAUGACGAUUUGCGACUCACGUUACAAAACGUGAUAUCAAGUCUCCGAGUGCUAUUACACCUAGGUAAAGCCCUUCUGCCCCAUCUCAUGUCUGACCUUAUUUAUUGGCUGGAAUUCUGUUGCUAGCCAACUUCAAAGUACUCUAGUCGUUCACAAGAAAUGUGCUGGGAAUUCACAUACUCGUUAGGCUCUGAAGGGAUGAGUAGUUGGAAAGCUUCAUUAACUACAAUAACGUUAUGAAAAUAUAUUUUACUGAAGUUAA